AUGAAUCUUCGUGGACUCUCCGUUUGGAACAUUGAUAUGCUCUCACCACAACAAGCCAUUCAAUCACAACUUAUGUGGGAUUCCAUCGAUAUCAAUAAACAAAUUUUUAUAGAUAGUAUAGUAAAGUAUAGUUACAAGAUGUUAAAGAUUGGUGUUUGUUCGAAUAUAAAGAUAUCGAAUACACAAUCAGCUGCGUAUCAUUCGAUUGUAUCUUCAACGGUGAUCAAGAUUACAGAGAAUGAUCAUCAUCACCAUCAUCAUCAUCAGAAUGGAUCAGUGGCCAAUCCAUCGAUCACUUUGAAUGGUGGUGCUCAGCAGCUAUCGUCAUCGAGCUCAUCGGAUCAGACAUCGUUCUCACCGCAACUCUCAAACAGCGGUGUAUACCACCAUGUAUCAACACAUCAGUCAUCGCCAUCGAGUGGCGGUAUCAUAGUUGUGCCAAGCGGUAGUGGAUCGGACUCAACUGGUGGUAGUGGUAGUGGCAGUGGCAGUGGUACUGGCGGUAGUGGAUCUUCAGCCACUUCCAACUCGAAUCAAGAUGCCAACCAAAUAUCGAUAGGAUCAGGUUCCGGACAAUCGUCUAUCCAAUUCCAAACACACAACGGCGUCAUCAACGGAAGUGCAAUCUCCACCAACUCUAUCGAUUCACCGCUCUUCACAACACCGAUAUUCACCAGCGUUUGCUUCCACCCGACCGCUCCAAUCGUUUAUGUAUCCGUAAGAAAUGAAAUAUAUAGUAAUGGACCAAACGCAUCACCUUCCAAUACCUCAAAGAUAUUGGUGGGAUUCUCUGAUGAAGGAUUGAUCUACCAAUGGGAUACAGAGUCACACAAACUACUGACAAUCGUUCAUCCACUGAAGCAGUUUGACAACAGAGCAGUCACAUGCAGAACCAAUUCACAAAAGAUGUUAUUCUACUCAAAAGCAAACUCUAAAGAUAUCAAUGUUGUGGAUUGUCAAAUUAAAGGAUCACUACCAUAUAAAUUGAAAGGACAUAAGAGACCACUGUCAUCGUUGGCUCAUCAUCCAACCAAGUCGAUCUUGGCAUCGGUUAGUGUAGAUGGAUCACUCAAGAUAUGGGAGACACGUUCUCAAAUGGCGAACCACAAUCUCGAGGACUUUGUAUCAUAUGAAAACUCGCGAAACAUCGAACACUCUAACAACUUCUUCCUCGCUUUCGAAGCGACACAAGGUAAAUACAUGGUAAUGACUGGAUCAUCUGGAUUAACAUUGGUAUAUGGUGAUAUAACUGCUGGUGGUUCACCAGAGAUUAUUGCAAAUGGAUUUAUAUGUAGAGGAAAUACAAUAUUAUCGGUUACACAUCAUCCUCAGUUACCGAUAUUCUUUGUGUUGUCGGUGAAUAUCAAUGGUGUCGAGGAGCUGUCGGCAUGGGAAGUCAAUCAACAGAUGAAAUCGGUGGUACAAUCGAAUCAAGUGCCAACCUAUAUACCAUCGCCACACAACGAUACGCUUCACUACCUUUCAAAGUAUGCCAAGCCAUUGUCGACACCCAAGUUGAAUCCUAUUCAAGUGAUUUUCCAUCCCACGCGUAACUACCUCACCUUCCAAUGGGAUCUGGCGCAACUCGGUGGCUCGCUCCUAGGCAUCAGACACAUCAACCAAUUCAUCUAUUCAAUCAACUCGUUCGAUCAUCUUCAAUCGUCGUUCCCGCUAGUCUCAACCGUUCCGCUGCCACUCGGAUUCUUCCUCACUCCCGAACACACCUUCAACUAUCCACCGGAAUUAAUAUUCUUUGAUGGAACCUAUCUCAAAUCCUAUAUUCCAUUGAAUGGAGUACAAAAACGUUUAAUAACCAACCCAUUAAUUCCAAUUGGACAAGAUGAAUUAUGUAAACCAAAGAGUUUUAAUUAUAAUACAGAAUUUCAAUUGGUUAGUUUAAUAUAUGAUAGCUAUUCAACUACUACUCAGACAAUGUUGAGUAAGUAUUUGAUUUGUGAUGUUUCCGGUGGUAUCAAUCAACAGGGCGAUGGAAUCGAUUCAGUUAUAUUGUCGACGAAACCAGUGCAGAUUUUGGUGCUCGGUUUGGAUGGAAAGCUGGCAAAGAUCGCUAGUGUCACUGCACAGGGAUUGUCGUCGUUCAAAUCGACUCAGCUGGCACCACGUGUCACCUCGGUCUACAAAACACCGUUGAACGAGGGUCGUGUCGUACAAUACUUUAGUCACGACACUUCGUCACUCUAUUUCUCAAAGAAUAUCAACAGUUCGGUGGGCAUCGAUAACUAUGCGGUCGAUACAUCGCGUGCUCUCAAUCUCUACAAAAACGAAAAUGUUUUGCGUAUCGAAUGGCAAUCCGACCAGCACAACAAUAGCGUUUGCGCAAUCAUGACCGAUAUGCGUAUUGUAAUAACCAACUCGCGACUCUCCAUUAUCACACAAACCCGAAUUCCACCUGGACACCGCUCGGAUUCACGCUACUUUGGAUCGAUCUACUGGUUGGAAUGGACACUGAUCUACACGACACCGACCAACAUUAUGUACAUGACAAUGCAAAACAACUUGGCACCACGUCCCAUCUUUUCGAUUAGUCUUUCACCUGUCUACUUGGCCACUGUUUUACCGGAUCGUAUACUCUAUGGAUAUGCAGGUGUCGGUGUGCCCGGCCGUUUCGACACCACCAUCCAUUGUUUGUCUACAGGAUUGCUGGAGCCGCUGAUUGCUGGACUCUUGGCGUUGCCAAGCUGGCUGUCUCCCGAUAAGCGAACCAUAGGACUGUAUCUACAGAAUGUAGUUUCACGUUUCGACCAUAGUCGUUGCUCACGUUACAUCUUGGAUCGUUUGCGUGAGCGUGGAUUUGCCGACUUGGCUUACUCACUGGCUAACCAGAUGCGUCCAUGUCAGAACAAGUUGAGUUCCGUUGAGAAGUUCAGACUAGCAUGGCAAUCGAAGCAGUAUGUGGACGCACACCGCUAUCUUACCGAAGAGUACAACAAAGCUUCAAAGGAGAGCGAUCGUCGCCAACUCACCAAGCUGAAAGAAUAUAUCCGUGAUUUCGGACGUGAAUGUAUGAACGCCGGUUACUAUCAACUGGCAAAAGAAUGUUUUGUAAUCCUAGGUGAAUCGAUCUAUUUGCUACAGAUCUCCAUUCUACUGAAUGACCGUGACGCCAUCCAACAGCUAAAGAAAGACGCAGAGCUCUCCAAUGACCAGGUUAUGGUUGCUGCAUGUGAGCGAUUCCUCAACAAGAAGGUCAGCACUCCUCCCAAGAUCAAUCCGCCAGUAAUCAAGAUUCUACCAUGGGAACCGACAGCGUCCAUCAACGUCGGUGUCAAGAUUGGAGCCGACUACCUCUCGCCAAUGAAUUUGAAUUCCAUCAACCGAUACUUCCCUAUCACCGUAUCGUUCAGCAACACUGCAUCUUCGCAUGGCACCACCCGACAUAAGCUGAGAGCACCCGACGAAAGAUGGCCACCCGAAGAUUUCAAACACUCAGUUGCACUAUCGCCACCAAGAACACUCAUGUCGCUGGUCGCCAACAAACUCUCCACCAAGACUCACAUGUCGUCGACACAAACCCUGAGAAGAUCGCCAUCAGCGGAAAACAUUACGAAAAUUAAGGAAUUCAGUAAGACCACCGGUGCCAACACCGAUUCCGACGUGGAGUUUGAAGAUUUCGAUUCCGGAUCGGACUCUGCUUCCGGUGCAGACGCCGACGUCGACAGCGAGACCGAAGAAGAUUUGAAAUUGGUUCAAAAGACUAUAGAGGAUCAAAUGAAAGCAGCAUUAGAAUCGGUACAAAGUCACGACGAUGUCGAUUCUAUCACUACCGACCACGAAGACGAACAAUCGACAUCCUCUUCACCACCUCAACCAAACCCACUUACUCCAUCAUCUUUGACACCAGUAACAUCAUUAUUAAACGAUACUCAUUUGACACCAUAA